GAGUGCAAAAUCGUCGUAAACGGGAGUUUUGUCUACACGAAGCUUCCCUCCGUCCCAGGUUUCCGCCAUCUUUCAAAUUAUUUUUGAAACUGAACCCUGCUCCCAUGAUGCAACGUACACAUUAUUCACAACAACAUGGCGGCGCCCUGAGGUAAACGUAUCAAGGUUUUCCUACCCUGCUGAAGUUGCUGUGAAUCAUUGUCAUCUCACUGAGGUACAACUCAAAAGCCCAACAGCCAUGGCCAAGUUUGUUCCCAAGUUUUGGAAACCUGGUACUGAAGCCCCAGGUGUGCAUGAGGAGAGACAGCAGGUGAGUGAGGGGAGCGGUGAAGCUGUCGUGCACAACCAGAACGCCUCACUGUCCAUCCAGCAGCAGAGACAGAGACUACCUGUCUUCAAGUAUCGUAACCAGAUCCUGUACCUAGUAGAGCGGUACCAGACAGUGGUGAUCGUUGGAGAGACAGGCUGCGGCAAGAGCACACAGAUCCCACAGUACUUGCUGGAGGCUGGGUGGGGAGCGGAAGGUCAUGUAAUAGGGGUGACCCAGCCCAGGAGAGUGGCCUGUACCACAGUGGCCAAUCGAGUGGCAGAAGAGAGGGGCGCAGUCCUAGGUCACGAGGUCGGCUAUUCCAUCCGGUUUGACAACCGCUUUGAUCCAGAAGCUACCAGAAUCAAGUUCCUGACUGACGGGAUGUUGGUGCGGGAAAUGAUGGCGGAUCCGCUACUCAAGAAGUACAGUAUUUUGAUGUUGGAUGAGGCCCAUGAGAGAACCCUACACACUGACAUCAUCAUUGGACUGCUGAAGAAGAUUCAGAAGAAGAGAGAAGACCUACGGAUCAUUGUCUCCUCAGCCACACUGGAUGCAAAGGCAUUCAGGGAUUUCUUCAACAAGAAUGUUUCUGACCUGGAAAGCUUUGACACAGCUCACAUAUUGUCCAUAGAAGGAAGAGCAUUCCCAGUCAAUGUCUACUACAGAGAAAGUCCAGUCCCAGACUACGCCAAGGCCACAGUGGACACCAUUGUGAAGAUUCACGAGGGAGAGAAGGCAGGGGACAUCCUGGCUUUUCUUACAGGACAAGAAGAGGUGGAUUCUGUGGUGUCAGACCUCAUUGAGUACAACCGCACCAACAGGAGACAUGUAGAUGGGAGGAUGAAGAUGAAAGUUCUCCCCAUGUACGCUGCCCUCCCCCCCGGAGAACAGCUGAAGGUCUUUGAAAGAGUAUCACAAAGUACCAGGAAGAUUGUGGUUGCAACAAACAUUGCUGAAGCUUCCAUCACCAUCAAUGGCAUUGUGUAUGUUGUAGACAGUGGGUUUGUGAAGCUGAGGGCCUACAAUCCCCAGUCUGGAGUAGAAUCCCUUGUCAUCACGCCCGUUUCCCAGGCAUCAGCUGACCAGCGGGCAGGGCGGGCAGGCAGGGUGCGCUCCGGCAAGGUCUUUAGAUUAUACACAGAGGAAGAUUUCCACAAACUUCAGACCAACACUGUCCCAGAAAUGCAGAGGAGCAACUUUGCCUUUGUGAUCCUACAGCUGAAGGCUCUGGGCAUCAGUAAUAUCCUCAGGUUCAACUUUCUCUCCUCUCCACCUGCCCAGAUUGUUAUCAGAGGGUUGGAAGUUCUGUAUGCUCUUGGAGCAUUAGACAAGGAUGGUGAGCUGACACGGCCGCUUGGAUCCAACAUGGCGGAGUUCCCUCUCAGUCCCAUGUUCGCAAAAAUGCUGCUAGAGUCAGGAAAGUUCGGAUGCUCUGAGGAAAUUCUCACAAUUGCUGCCGUGCUGCAAGUUCAGAGCAUCUUUGUUCACCCUUCUAACCGCAAAAUAGAAGCCCUAAGAGCUCACCACAAGUUUGCUGUAGAGGAGGGGGACUUGGUCACUAUGCUGAAUGUCUAUGAGGCCUUCCUAAAGAAUAACAAGAGUUCAAGAUGGUGCCAGCAGCAUUUUCUACAUUAUAAAGGACUGGUGAGAGCGACCAUGAUCCGGGAACAGCUGAGGAAACUGCUGGUUAAGUUUGAUGUCCCCAUGAACUCCUCUGAAGGGGAUGUUGACCCCAUCUGUCAAUGUAUUGUGGCAGGAUUCUUUGCUAAUGCAGCCAGGUUUCACCCCACUGGCGUCUACAGGACAGUGCGAGAUGACCAUGAGCUCCACAUCCACCCCAACUCCUGUCUGUACAGGGAAAAGCCUCCAGGCUGGGUCGUGUUUAACGAGGUUCUUCACACAUCCAAACAGUUCAUGAGAGACGUCACUGUGAUUGACCCAAGUUGGCUGUAUGAGUUAGCACCACACUAUUAUGAAUAUGGAACGGAAAGAGAACUAGCUGCUAAAAGAGCCAGGCUGGAAUGAGGGUUCAAAGGGUCAACAUUUCUUCAACUUUCAACAAAGAUCUAAGACAACCUUUCAAUAGCUAUUGACGGGAAGUUGUCAAGAAUGGAAGACUAAUUUUUUGUGUUAUUUUAUAUUUUUGUAAGAAAAAAA